UUUAAUGUGCUGGGGAUCAAAUAAAGAAAAACAGAUAUGAUACAAAAAAUACAAGGGAUGCUUGCAGAUGUGUCUCCAAAGGAAAAUAAGGCCAGUCAUGCAGAUGGGAUAAACACAAGCAAAAAUGUUUGUUGCUUAGUAGAGGAUCAGAAAAGAAAUAAACUCACUGAUGAUAUCGCAGCUGAACUCAGUAAGAAACUUCUAUUUGAUGCAUUAAUUGCAUUCUCUGAAACAGCUCAACACAAAUACAAAGGUGCCUUUGAAGAAAAUGUGAUGAAUUAUAUCAAAGGCCUCAAACAAGAAGACAGUCAGAAACAAUUUCUUAUCAAAGAAAAUCCACUUGCUAGCUUAACUGAGCAAUCAGCAAAGGUUGCUGAUCUUUUACUGCACGAUUUCAAUAUGUUUAGCAUUCAUGGUUGUCACACUAUAGCAGAAGGAAUUGUGACUAAAUUUGUAGAUGAUGCAGUUAAGGAAUAUAAGAAGAUUAAAAGAAAACAAGGAGUAAAAACAGACAAGAGAUUUCCUUCAUCUUCAGAGACUUCUCCAACUACUUUGCCUUUCCUUUUAAAAAUCCUCGAUGCUGGUGUUUUUGGAAGCUCUAAAGAUUUUGAUCAGCCUAACUCUAAUGAACAUGCUCUGGAAAGACAAACUCAAAAGCAGUACUUGUUGGAUCACUGGUACUCAGCUCCUUGGAAGAAAACUGUUGAGGUUCCCCUUGUGGUACCACACUAUACUUCAUAUGUAAAGAACUUGUCUGCAUAUGCUGUAGAAGAAUUAUGGACUCCAGAAAACAUUUGUUCAAAUUUCUCAAGAACCAGUGUGCCAAAGAAGUUUGAGUGUAAUGACUUCCAAGGGAAUGAUUUGGAAACAGAAAGCAAGAGGAUGUAUAAUCAGGUUAUAUUCGAUUUGACUCAUGAGCUUCUACGUGCGGAAUAUCAAGUAACUGCACAUCCAAAUACAUUCCCGUGGCUGAAAGAAAUUUGAGAUCUUGCUGUUCUAGGUGUCACUGCAGAAGCACAGAUGUCGAUGAGGUUAAGACAUUUGUUCAGGGGGAAAUUAUUAAAAUACUGAACCUGGAAAGGAAUGACUUAGAAGGGAAAAGAAAAUUCCUUAAUAUGACUAAGUAUGGAAACUGUGAGAGAGACAGAGUGGAUCUCAUUCUGAUUCAGGAACUCCACAAAGAAGAAUCCCAGUGGACUUACUACGGCGAUGAUGAAUUAACUGUGAAGAUGAGCAUGACUGAAGACAUAUUUGAUAGCUUGAUCCUUGAUACAGUCAGAGUUCUCAACAAGAUUUAUUUGAGAAAAGCCAGUGAUUAGAAGUUUGCCCUCAUGGUGGCGUUUUAAUCCCUGACUUUUAAGGCAAGAGAUGCACGAUUAAUAAUCUUAAUUCUGAGCUUUACCCAGUACAGGUGUGGCCUUUGGAAAUGCUGAUUAAGCUCAAUACUCUUCUUAGGGUGGUGUUACAAGUGAUCUAGGUGGUGACAAUUUUAUUCUUCUGUUUGUUUGUUUGUUUUAUCAACUUAGCACUUUAUUCACCUAUGCAUUUUAAGAGAUCCUUGUGGGUUUAAAAUUGUAUAGGAGUCUGUGGUUAGACAGACCGGGUUCAAAAGCAAUUUAUGUGUAAAUGAUCUUAUUCUUCAUGAUCGCAUUCUGGUUGUGAAUGAUGAUGGAUGAAUCACAUUCUAAGAAAAAUGUUCAGAAAAUCAAUGCUGUCUGUCUUCAGAAAAUCAGGGUGCAGCUGGAAUUAAAUCUUACAGAAAGUAAAUCGUUGUUGAUCUCUUGGAACAAACUCUUCUAAUGGGAACAAGUCUAAAACUUUUCCUGUGGGGCUCAGCACCAUUACAGAGGUGCACCAGUUUUUUACAUCCUGGAAAUGUUUAUAUUUAAAAUCAUAAUAUUUACAGUCUAAUGAAAUGCACUUUGUUUCUAUUUUCAAGUACUGAUGGUUUAACUGUUUUCAUACUGAAUUGCUUUCUGAAUAAACAAAAUAAAUCUAAUGUAU